CUCCCCCCGCCGCCCUCAUUCUCUGCUCUCCGAGCGGCUGAACUUCUUCUCAGUGUUCCUGUCAAACUGAAUCGCCGACCUUGACAGCGCGCUGCUGGCAGGAUUCGAGUGAAAAGUCUGUCCGCUGUUUUUUGGGGGUAAAAACUGUAACCACUCGGCUUGCGGACAACAAGGGUGAAGUUUGAAGUAGGAAAACAGCAUCUCAAGAUCGCAAGAAGUGUGGAUGAGAAAGUACGAGGUGCAGCUUGCCUGUUUACAGGUGCAACGAGGAAUAGACUGGAUUUGGACUUAACCUGGAUUCAUCUGACUGAGUUGCAUCCAAUACUUCAAAGAAUCCAACUGCUUCGACACUUGGAGGAAAAUAUCUCACUCUCAUAAAAGGGGUCUGUGGAACUAUUGUGCAUUUCAACUGAGAAGCAAAUAUUGACCCGAAUUUCUCCGGGCGCGACAGGCUGCGGCUCGGUUUUGCGCUCCCAGAUCGGUGCGCUUUGCCCGGCUCGAGUGGCGGCAGGUUCCCCCCGAGACACGGAGACCCGACAGCAGGCGGCGGGACCACACCGGGACUCGGUAGCAUGCCUUCAGCUCACCGGGCACUUGUUGUCCAGUCUGGGACAAUGUCUGAGGACUCCUGGAGCAGAUCGAUGUGGCGCGCCACAUGGAUUCUAUUUUUUUCCUUACUCAUCCACUCCACACAAGCUCAAGAUGACGUGCCUCCCUACUUCAAGACGGAGCCGGUGAGGAGCCAGCUUCAUCUGGAGCGCAACAGGCUGGUGCUGACCUGCAUGGCUGAGGGAAGCUGGCCCCUGGAGUUCAAAUGGAUCCACAACAGCACAGAGCUGACCCGCUUCUCACUGGAGUACAGGUACCUAAUCCCUUCGUUGGACCGCUCCCAUGCCGGCUUCUACCGCUGCAUCGUGAGGAAUCGGGUGGGAGCCCUUCUGCAGAGGCGCACAGAAGUACAGGUGGCCUUUAUGGGCAGUUUCGAGGAGGGUGAACGCAGCCAGUCAGUCUCUCAGGGAGAGGGCGCCGUGAUCCCAGCGCCACGCAUUCGCAGCUUUCCCCAGCCGCAAGUCACCUGGUUUAGAGAUGGGCGUAAGAUUCCACCCAGCAGCCGCAUUGCCAUUACUCUGGACAACACGCUGGUCAUCCUGUCCACGGUGGCACCAGAUGCCGGCCGCUACUAUGUCCAAGCGGUAAAUGACAAGAAUGGAGAGAACAAGACGAGCCAGCCCAUCACCUUGUCAGUAGAGAAUGUAGGCGGUCCAGCAGAUCCCAUUGCCCCCACCAUCAUCAUCCCUCCCAAGAACACUAGCGUGGUUACGGGAACUUCAGAGGUCACAAUGGAGUGUGUUGCCAACGCAAGGCCUCUUAUCAAGCUGAGUAUCUCGUGGCGGAAGAACGGCGUGCUGGUGACCAGCGGUUUGAGCGAUUUCAACCGCAGGCUGACCAUCCUCAGCCCUGUGGUGAGCGAUGCCGGCUUCUAUGAGUGUGAGGCCAUUCUCCGCAGCAGCAGCGUGCCUUCAGUCAGUGCUGGAGCUUAUCUGCAUGUACUAGAACCGCCGCAGUUUAUUAAGGAACCAGAGAAACACAUCACAGCUGAGAUGGAGAAGGUGGUGGACAUUCCCUGUCAGGCACGAGGAGUGCCCCAGCCAGACAUCGUGUGGUACAAGGAUGCUUUGCCCAUCAACCCAGUGAAGAUGCCCAGGUACAGGGUGCUGGUGGGAGGCAGCCUUCAGGUCAACGGCCUCCUGCCUGAUGACACCGGGAUGUUCCAGUGCUUUGCCAGAAACAUGGCAGGAGAAGUUCAGACCAACACAUACCUGGCUGUUACCAGCAUUGCCCCAAAUAUCACAGCCGGACCCUCCGACAGCACUGUGAUCGACGGCAUGUCAGUCAUCCUGCACUGCGAGACCUCUGGAGCUCCGAGACCGGCUAUCACCUGGCAGAAAGGUGAGCGUGUGUUGGCCAGCGGUUCGGUUCAGCUGCCCAGGUUCACCCUGCUCGAGUCAGGAAGCCUGCUCAUCUCCCCCUCGCACAUCUCAGAUGCCGGGACCUACACUUGCAUGGCGAGCAACUCCAGGGGCAUUGACGAGGCUUCUGCUGACCUUGUGGUCUGGGCCCGCACCCGGAUUACCACUCCUCCACAGGACCAGAGUGUUAUCAAAGGAACCAAAGCCAUUAUGACCUGUGGAGUAACACAUGACCUCAGUGUAACUGUCAGGCAUAUCUGGGAAAAAGAGGGCUCUGUCAUCAACGUCCAGUCCAUCCCCCGCAUGCGACUAGAGACGGACGGCACCCUGCACAUCUCCCAGACCUGGUCAGGUGACAUCGGCACAUACACGUGUAGAGUCACCUCCGUUGGCGGCAACGACUCCCGCAGCGCACACCUCCGUGUCAGGCAGCUGCCCCAUGCCCCAGAGAACCCUACAGCUCUGCUGAGCACAUCUGAGAAAAGAGCCAUCGACCUGGCCUGGGCCAAGCCUUUUGAUGGCAACAGUCCCCUCAUACGCUACAUCCUGGAGGUUUCUGAGAACAAUGCUCCCUGGGCCAUUCUGCUGGCCAAUAUCGAGCCAGAGUCCACAGCAGUGACGGUCAGUGGCUUGAUCCCAGCGCGCUCCUAUCAGUUCCGCCUCUGUGCCGUUAAUGAUGUGGGGAAGGGGCAGUUCAGCAAGGAGACAGACCGUGUCUCUCUCCCAGAGGAGCCCCCCAGCGCUCCUCCUCAGAAUGUCAUCGCUAGUGGCCGGACCAACCAGUCCAUCAUGAUCCAGUGGCAGCCUCCACAGGAAAGCCACCAGAAUGGCAUACUGAGAGGCUACACUGUCCGGUACCGUCUGACUGGGCUGCCUGUGGACUACCAGAUGAAGAACAUUUCCAGUCCUGAUGUGACUAACCUGCUGCUGGAGGACCUCAUCAUCUGGACUAACUAUGAGAUCGAGGUGGCUGCCUACAAUGGUGCUGGUUUGGGCAUUUUCAGCCAUAAAGUGACUGAGUGGACUCUGCAGGGAGUUCCCACCAUCGCUCCGGGCAACGUGCAGGCUGAGUCGGUCAACUCCACGACCAUCCGUUUCACGUGGACGGCCCCUAACCCUCAGUUCAUCAACGGCAUCAACCAGGGCUACAAGUUGCUGGCCUGGGAGCCCGGGAGAGACGAGGAAGUUUCUAUGGUAACAGCGCGACCGAACUUCCAGGACAGCGUCCAUGUGGGAUACGUGACAGGUCUGAAGAAGUUCACAGAGUAUUACACCUCUGUGCUGUGUUUCACUACGCCCGGAGACGGCCCCCGCAGCCCGCCCAGAGCAUUAAGGACACAUGAGGACACUCCCGGUGCUGUGGGUCACCUGAGCUUCACAGAGAUCCUGGACACCUCACUGAAAGUCAGCUGGAGUGAGCCCGGCGAGAAGAAUGGCGUUCUCACAGGUUACCGCAUUUCGUGGGAGGAGUACAACCGAACAAACACCCGAGUCACCCACUACCUGCCCAACGUCACCCUGGAGUACCGGGUCACCGGACUCACCGCUCUCACCACCUACACCAUUGAAGUGGCAGGAAUGACCUCAAAAGGCCAGGGCCAGCUGUCCUCCUCCACCAUAUCCUCCGGCGUCCCACCAGAGCUCCCCGGCCCUCCUACCAACAUGGCAAUUUCCAACAUCGGCCCACGCUCUGUCACCCUGCAGUUCAAACCUGGCUAUGACGGCAAAACUUCCAUUUCCCGUUGGCAGGUGGAGGCCCAGGUGGGUGUAGUGGGAGAAAAUGAAGACUGGGUGAUGGUGCACAAGGUGUCCAACGAACCUGAAGCUCGCUCCUUGGAGGUGCCAGGUCUCAACCCAUACACCUACUACAGGUUCCGCAUGCGCCAGGUGAACAUUGUGGGCACCAGUCCCCCCAGCCAGCCCUCCAGGAAGAUCCAGACCCUGCCGGCGCCUCCUGACAUGGCCCCCGCAAAUGUCACCCUGCGGACCGCCAGUGAGACCAGCCUCUGGUUACGAUGGAUGCCUUUGCCCGAAUGGGAAUACAACGGGAAUGCAGAGCAGGUGGGCUACAGGGUUCAGUACUCCCGUGCGGGCUCACAGGGCCGAGCGCUGACCCACAUCAUCGCUGACCGUCUGGAGAGAGAGUUCACCAUCGAGGACCUGGAAGAGUGGACGGAGUACGAGGUCAGGGUCCAGGCUGUUAAUGGCAUCGGGAUGGGGCCAUGGAGUCAGCCGGUCCGAGGCAGGACGAGGGAGUCUGUCCCCUCCUGUGGACCUACCAACGUGUCAGCCUUCGCCACCACCUCCAGCAGCAUCCUGGUGCGCUGGUUUGAAGUUCCCGAGGCAGACAGGAAUGGUCUCAUUCUGGGCUACAAGGUGGUGUACAAGGAGAAGGACUCUGACAGUGCUGUCCACUUCUGGACAGUGGAGGGGAACGCCACACACAGUGUCCAGCUGACCGGCCUGGGAAAGUAUGUGCUCUAUGAGAUCCAGGUUCUGGCUUUUACCCGGAUUGGAGAUGGACGACCCAGUUCUCCACCAAUCCUGGAGAGGACCUUGGAUGAUGUUCCAGGACCUCCAGUGGGUAUCCUGUUUCCUGAAGUGCGGACCACCUCAGUCCGGCUGAUUUGGCAGUCCCCCUCGCAACCCAAUGGCAUUAUUCUUGCCUACCAGAUCACAUACCACCUCAACUCCUCCACCAGCACCACACCUACAGUGGACGUGCUGAUCCCCAGCACUCGCCAGUACACAGUGACCAGCCUCAAGCCGGAGUCCGUCUACGUGUUCCGCAUCAAAGCGCAGACAAGGAAGGGCUGGGGCGAGGCCGCCGAGGCGCUGGUGGUCACCACAGAGAAAAGAGCUCGUCCUCAGCCCACCAGCCGUCCAAUGGUUCCUCAGAAAGACGUUCAGGCUCGCCAGGUCUUGCUUUCAUGGGAGCCCGGCAGUGACGGCCUGUCCCCUGUGCGGUACUACACGGUGCAGCUCCGAGAGCUUCCUGAGAACAACUGGACUGUCCACUCUGCCUCUGUUAACCAUGAGGCCACCUCCUAUGUAGUGUCUAGGCUGAAGCCCUUCACAUCCUACCAGUUCAGAGUCAAAGCUACCAAUGAUAUAGGAGACAGCGAGUACAGCGAGGAGAGCGAAGCGAUCACGACUCUGCAGGACGCGCCCGACGAAGCACCCACCAUUCUCUCCGUCACGCCGCACACAACGACGUCCGUGCUGAUCCGCUGGCAGCCCCCCUCUGAGGAGAAGAUAAAUGGAAUCUUAUUGGGCUUUCGGAUUCGAUAUCGUGAGCUGCUGUAUGAUCGUCUCCGCAGUUACUCCCUUCAUAACAUCAACAGUGUGUCCGCCUGGGGUGAACUCAAUGCCCCCUAUAGCAUCCAGAAUCUGAGUGAUUCAACCAUGACCCAGCAUGAGUUGGACAAGCUGAGUAAACACAAACGCUAUGAGAUACGCAUGAGUGUAUACAACGCUGUGGGCGAAGGGCCAACCAGCCCGCCACAGGAGGUGUUUGUGGGAGAAGCAGUGCCUACAGCCCCGCCCCAGAAUGUGGCCAUUCAGUCUGCAACAGCCACCCAGCUGGACGUGACGUGGGACCCUCCUCCUGUGGAUGCACAGAAUGGAGACAUCCAGGGCUACAAGGUUUACUUUUGGGAGUUCCAGCGUAAGAAUGAGACGGAGAGGCUGCGCACUCUGUUCAUGCCAGAAGGAGGGGUGAAGCUGAAGAACCUGACUGGUUACACCACCUAUAUGAUCAGCGUGGCCCCCUUCAACGCAGCUGGGGACGGACCCCGCAGCCCGCCGACCAGGGGACGCACUCAGCAAGCGGCCCCCAGCGCUCCCAGCUUCAUCCACUUCAGCGAGCUGACCACCACCUCGGUCAACGUGUCCUGGGGCGAGCCCACCUUCCCUAAUGGCAUAAUUGAGGGCUACCGUCUGGUCUAUGAACCCUGCACGCCAGUCGAUGGCGUCAGUAAGACAGUGACAGUGGAUGUGAAGGGGAGCGGCACCCUCUGGUUGAAGCUCAAAGACCUGGCCGACGGCAUCACGUACAACUUCCGCAUCCGGGCCAAGACUUUCAUCUACGGGCCCGAGGUAGAGGCCAAUAUCACCACUGGCCCUGGAGAAGGAGCCCCGGGACCCCCAGGAGAACCCUUUAUCACACGCUACGGCUCGGCCCUGACCAUCCACUGGACCAGCGGGGAUCCGGGACGUGCUCCCAUCACGCGCUACGUGAUCGAGGGCAGACCUUCAGAUGAGGGAUUAUGGGAUAUCCUAAUCAAGGACAUCCCAAAGGAAGUAACAUCACACACAUUCUACAUGAACAUCCUGCGUGAGGGGGUCAGCUACGACUUCAGGGUAAUUGGAGUGAACGACUACGGCUACGGAGCACCGAGUCUACCGUCUCCUUCUAUAUCUGCCCAAAAAGUGGCGCCUUUCUACGAGGAGUGGUGGUUCCUGGUCGUGGUGGCUCUGGUGGGGCUCAUCUUCAUCCUGCUGCUGGUUUUCAUCCUCAUUAUCAGAGGGCAGAGCAAGAAGUACGCCAAGAAGUCUGAAUCAGGUAACAACUCUAACUGCAACGCUCUGACCCACGGAGACAUGGUGAGCCUGGACGAAGGCCGCUUCCCCGCUCUGGAACUCAACAACCGAAGGCUGUCUGUGAAAAACUCUUUCUGCCGGAAGAACGGCGUCUACACCAGGUCUCCUCCUCGGCCCAGUCCAGGCAGUCUUCACUAUUCAGAUGAGGAUGUCAGCACAAAGUACAACGAUCUGAUCCCUGCAGAGAGCAGCAGCCUGACUGAAAAACCCUCUGAAAUCUCAGACUCGCAGGGCAGCGACAGCGAGUACGAGGUGGACCCCAACCGACAGAAGACCCACUCCUUCGUCAAUCACUACAUAAGCGACCCCACCUACUACAACUCCUGGCGCCGCCAACAGAAAGGCAUAUCCCGGGCGCAGGCCUACAGCUACACCGAGUCCGAGUCAGGCGACCCGGAUCACUGCGCCCCGCCGCCGCUGCCUCCUCUACCUCCACUGCCACCCCAGCUCAGUUCACCAAGCCCCCAGCCUCAGCAAGCCCAAGGCCAGCCCCAGGGCCCGCCUCAGGGCCAAGGCAGCCUGUUCAGGCCCAAAGGUAGCCGGACUCCCACCCCUUCACAGCAGAGCUCCAACCCCCCCAGCCAGCACAGCACCCUCUACAGGCCCCCCAGCAGCCUAGCCCCUGGCUCACGGGCCCCUAUCGCUGGCUUUUCCUCCUUUGUGUGAAAAAUGCUGAAUAGGACAUCAAAAAUUCUGGAAAUAUCUACCCACCUGGUGUUGAAGGAGAACACAGAAACGCGCAGUCAACCCAAUCAAGUCAUUUACGCCUUUCUUUUUAUCUUUUCAUCACUUCUCUCUUUUUUUUAUGUGUUAUUUUUUUAGUCAGCCUGGAUACAUGCGGAACAACACUAUGAGACUUUUUGAAGCACUUUUUUUUUUAUUGUUUAAUGUGUGAAAGUGUGGCAGCGUAGAUUUCUCUCACCAGUUGAUAAAAUACUCUCUGCAUCAUCUUGUCACGUUUAUUUUGCCAGUUGAAUUAUUUGCAUAACUUUUUUGUUUGUUUUUCCUCCCUUUUUGGUAUUUUUCUUUCAACACAUUCAAAUCUAAGUAAUCUCUUUGAUUCUGUACAAAGUCACAAGAAUCUUUGAAAACACUCACACACACACACAUACACACACACACACACACACACACAUAUAAAUAUAUACAGUAUAUAUAAAUAUAUAUAGUAGAUGUACCUAAAAAGACAAAAUCAAGUCGAUGCAGAGACUGCAUUGACGGGGACUAAAAUAACAAUAUGAUGGAGCCAUAUUGUGGAAGUAAAAGGACAAGUGUUUGUUUGGACUGGAUGAACUGGAUGUAAAAACGACAACAAAAAAAGUGUGGAAAAGACAGACGUGGAUGUGGAAUUCAUGCCAAAUCGAACAAAUUUUAAUGUGUGAGCCGGGAGCGUUUUAAGCGGAUAUUGGCAAACAAUCAUGGGUUUCCCUGGAAACAGCUCUUUGGCCUACAGCACACACAUACAUUGAUAAAUGGGACAAGUGACCAUGGCGAGUCAAAUGUCGAUGACUGUGCCGUGCCUGAAGGAACCUGCAGAUAUAUGAAAUGAGUGUAUAUCUGUUAAAGUCAAAGUGUUUAAGUCUUUUUGUGAGUGUGUUCCAGUGGAUCAAAGAUGCCUUGAUAGAGAAACACUUAUUUAUGAUAUCUGGCACCAAUUGUUACCGAACUGCUGACGGUGCCCUUGACUGCGGCAUCGUAAUGGCUGGCCUCGCACUACGAGACCCUUCUUUUAAUCCUGACAGAUGUGGGCUGUGAAUUAAUUUGCAUUCACGACCCAUCUUUUUUCACCCUUUGCUGGCUCACAUAUACACACAUCAGUGUCAUUCUGCAUAUGUCUACUGAAAUGCUUUGAAAUUCAACCUAAGAGGGUCGAAAAGACUGUCAUACGGGCACAGCUGCUGGUUCCGCUAAAAUGAUAAAAGCGAGAUUUUGAUAAGAGGUUUUUUUCCUGUUUCCUUCCCUGCUGGUAUAACUCUUCUCUGUCACUGCUCACAAUCACGGGGCAGCGCCGGGCCUGCGCCAAGAGAUGAUGUCAUUGGAUUGCCUCACCUCUUUCCCUUUUGUGUAAUCAACCACUCUGUACUAUUCAGGUGUGACUGUAUUGUCCCAAAUGCUAAUGCGUGUGCAUGUGUAUGUGUGCGUGUGAUUACACUUCUUGUGUGUAAGCUUUACAGAUCAUUCACUGUGUGUCUGGUUAUAAAGAGAUUGUCCUGCAGCAUCUGUAAACCUGCCUGGAGUAACGCCACAGAGGGCUGGCGCCGUCCAGCCGCCUGCCAGGUACACUCAUAACGCUAUAGUGAAGACUCAGUGGUGUGUUCCUAGUUUUCAUAGUUCAAAAAAACAAAAAAAAAUGUCAUCUACUUCUUUUUUUUUCUCUGUGGGGUGAUUUCAUUGUACGCAACAAAAGCUUAUCAUGCAGAAUCUGAAUGAAUAUAUGAUCACAGUACAUUUCUGAAAUAAAUUAUUUUUGAAUGUUA